CAGUCGCUACGAGAUUGCCGUUCAGGCGUAACCCGAAUUCCACCUGUUGGAAAUAUUUUUAAUCCCAUAAUAACUCGAUUGUAGAUGGUUCUAGCAUCGAUUACGGACAGCACGAACGAGAUAUCAUUUUGAAAUGAAGAAUAUAGUUUUCAUUGGUGUAUGUACGUGUCUCGUUUUAACUGUGUUGGCGGCACCGCAGAUGUCGGAUGCGCAAUUAGAAAAAACCCUUGCUGAUAAAGGCACAAUGCAAAGACAUCUCAGAUGUGCACUUGGUGAAGGUCCCUGCGAUAUGGUGGGGAGAAGAUUGAGAACGUUGGCGCCGUUUGUGUUGAGAGGCGCAUGCCCUCAAUGUUCCGUGCAGGAGUCGCGGCACAUUCGCCGCACACUAGCAUACAUACAACGUAACUACCCAUGGGAAUGGGCGAGAAUCCUGAGUUAUUUAGGACUGCUCGUGCUGGUGGUUGUCUGUGCGGCGCAACAGAAUCGGCCCCAGGUCACAGACACAGCUUUGGAUGAAGCACUUAAUGACAAGCGAUUCAUACAGAGACAGCUCAAGUGUGCACUCGGCGAGGCACCCUGCGACCCUAUCGGAAAACGUUUGAAAACUCUGGCACCGCUCGUUUUGCGCGGGGCUUGUCCUCAAUGCUCACCACAAGAAACGAAACAGAUUCAAAAGACACUUUCGUACGUGCAGAGAAACUUCCCGCAGCAUUGGGCUAAACUUGUCCGCCAAUAUGCCGGCUAAAAUACUUUCGGAUUAGAUGUAAAAUUUUAGUGUAAAAAUGGUGCUAGGUUGUUAAUUAAAAUUCAAUUAUGCUAUACCUACUAAUCGAGUGGGCCAAAGCGUGUUGUAAUGAAAUAUUUUAUGGAUCGUACAUAUGCCACCUAAGUUUGUGAACGUACUUAUAAAGUGAUUUAAGUUCGGUACUAAUUUAAAAGUAUUAAUUUUUUUAUUCGUUAGUAUCGAAAUCAAAUGAUUUCAAGGAUAAAAAUAUCACAACGGUCGCACUAAUGUGUGUUUCGUCAUCUUAAAGAAACCUACACUGGUGUGAGAAGAAUUUGGAGUUCAUUUGGUCUCGAAAAAUAAUUAUAUAAUUGAAAAUAUUUUAUACAAAUGUUAAUUAUUAAUUUUUUUAUUUAAUUACUUAUUUUGUUUGCCUACAUCAGAUGCUUUUAAAAAUUUAAACCAAAAUUUAGUGAGGUAAAACUUAAGAUUUAAUUAUUUAAAGUAAUGACAAUGUAAUAUUAAACUUAAGAUAUGUUUUAAAUAAAUUA